AUGGGAAGGCUCAUUGACCCGGAGACGAGGUCGCGCAUACAGAGCACCAUUGACCAGAAAGUGCAGUCAGGGACUGUUCCGCCUCUCCUUUACCUGGCUUUCGAUCAUGAAGGGGACGUUUUCUUCUCUCACGUGUCGGGAACGAGGGGGGUAGAGUCGGAUGAGCCCAUGACCCGGGACACUGUGUUCUGGGUCGCAUCUUGGACGAAGCUCGUCACCACCAUAGCUUGCAUGCAGCUGGUGGAAAAGGGAGCGUUGGCCUUGGAUGACGCCGAGCAAGUGGCUUCGCUGGCUCCGGAGCUGUCCAAGUUCAAGGUGAUUGUCGAGGACGAUGGUACAGGAAACCUAAGGUUGGAAGAACAACGGAAACCAAUCACUCUAAGGAUGCUUCUCAGUCAUACGGCCGGCUUUGGGUAUGCGUUUGACGAUGUCAAGCUACGACGAUGGUCUUUGCCGACCGGGAUAGACGACUUCAACGCCGACUUUUCUGAGCUGCUCCGGCAUCAACUGGUGAAUCAACCGGGUGAGGCUUUCCAAUACGGUGUCGGCUUGGACUGGGCCGGAUUGAUUGUACAACGAGUCACCGACAUGACCCUCGACGAUUACGUACAGGGACACAUCGUUCGACCCCUCGGGCUCGAAGAAAUCACAUUUUUGCCCACCGAAUCUAUGAAGUCUCGGCUGGCUUACAUGCACCAGAGGGGCCCAGAUGGCACAUCUUUGCGCCACACCGAACACAUCAACCGACGACCACUGCUGGCUCAAACGGCCGAGGACAAAGAACGACUUUUCCACAUGGGUGGGUGUGGCUUGUUUGCCAGACCCGAUCAAUAUUUUCAAAUUAUAGCUUCUCUUCUGAACAACGGUUUCAACGAGCGGGCCAAUCUACAACUCUUGAAGCCGGAAACGGUAGCUUUGAUGUUCAAGGACCAAAUUCCGGACAAACCCAUCCACACCGAUGAACCAUGGCAGUCUGCCAAACCUCUCCUCGCAAACCCGACCCCCAUCUUUCCACCGCCACCACCGACACCCAAAGAAGGCUCCGAACUCUCUCGGGACGACACGAUGGGUUGGGGUCUUUCCUUUGCCUUGACGUUGCGGCCCGGCGCCACCGGUCGAGCCACGGGUACAGCUUGGUGGGAAGGCUUGCCGAAUCUCUACUGGUUUGCCGAUCGUGCGAGUGGGAUAGGAGGCAUCGUUGCCGCUCAGGUUCUUCCCUACGGAGACAAGCACGUAGUGCGUCUGGCCGAUGAAGUUGAGAAAAUGAUCUAUGAUGCCCUACGUCCAGCAAAGAUAUGA